UCCAAUAUGCCUCGUGCCAGAGCAACACUCGAUGGGACGGUUCUCGCCGAGUCCGACAACUGGGAGACAGUUGAAGGCAAUAUCUAUUUUCCACCAUCAGCUAUAAACAAGUCUCUUUUCACUCCAACGGACUUGUCGACUCAUUGCUCCUGGAAGGGAGAUGCUUCAUACUACACGGUAACCGUCGGAGGUAUCACCUUUUGCAUCAUUAUAUCAUCUUGGGUACGUUAGAGAAAUGACCGCUCCGGUACAAUAGAUAAAACAAUUCCGAAUGUGGCGUGGUACUACGCCCAGCCUUAUGACAAGGCGAAGAAUAUCAAGGACUAUGUUGCUUUCUGUCAGUCCCUUGUACCCCGUCAUUCCUGCUGCAAGGCUUUAAUUAAUGAUUUCGCUGGUAGACAAGGAUAAGGUGGAUAUCAGCGUCGAGUAGGAUAGGAUCAUUGGUACUUGGUGUAUGGU